AUGCGCUCAAUAAUUUCUGCUGAUAUGUCUCUUAAGACAUUUUUCGUCCUAUCGCUUUCAACAUUGGCCGCUGCUACUGGAACAUGGACAUUUGAGGAUGGUAAAGCUACCAUUUCCGGUAAAGGUGUCGCUGAAGGGUCCCGAAGCUUCUCCGCGACGAAACCAAUCGUAGAAUCGCUCACCCUAGCACCGCGAGAAACUCUUAAGCUCACCUUUUCACUAAAAGAGGACAGCAAGGCUGCUCGCCCUCACCAAGCCUUUCUUCUCGUUUCGGAAGAGGCCAGUGGCCUCGAGACAUUUUACCCAUUGACUAUCAAAGGGGAAUCUGGUAAAGCUAAAGUCGAGUUGACGCACAAGGAUCUUCCUGCGCACCUUCUCGCUUCGCCUAAGCUUUCACUCUCGAUUGCAUUGGGCUCCUUCGGUUCUACACCAGGAUCUAUCCUACCUAUCGGAAAUCUUAUACCUGCUCUUGAUGCAGCAGCUCUUGGCCUUCUCGAAAAACAGAAGUUGAAAGAUCUUGGGGAGGGCGCCAUCGUUUACAAGGCUAAGAAGGAGAUCAGCCACAUCUUCAGAGCAGAUCCCCAAAAUCCUCCAAAGAUCAUUACUUUGGUUUUCUUAGCAAGUGUUAUCGCCUCGCUUGUUGGACUUUUUGUAGUAUGGUUUCCAAUUCUCGGCGCAAACUUUUCGCACCUCCCGAAAGCUCUUGGGGCAGCACCAGUCUCCCACCCGUUGUUCUUUGCAUCUUUGGUGACUCUUGAAGGAAUAUUUUUUCUGUACUACACUCAGUGGAACCUCUUUCAGACUCUUGGGGCGUCACUCAUUGUCGCGCCGAUUGCAUUGUUCAGCGGGAGCAGGGCAUUGAGGGAGGUUAGAGCUCGAAGGGAGAGGGGCCAGCGCUAA